CCAUCUUAUCAUGUGAAGAGGUCAAAACCAAAACAUAAUCAGGUGUUGUUCCAAAUGACCUGUCAAGAAACUAGCUUAGAGACGAGUUCUAAAUUUAAGCGCCAAAGAAAAGAAACAGAAUGAUGCAAGAUCGAUGAAAAAUUAUGACUGAGUAAUCAUUAUUGAAUGAUCAUAUGUGAGAAAAUCGAUGAAGAUGAGUUCAAAUUCGAGGAAUUAGGACCACCAAAAUGGCUCCUGACCAGCUUCCUAAAGAAGCAACUUCAUCUUCAGUGAGAAAUAUUAAUUUGAUAUAACAACAAAAUGGAAGUUGUUGGAGAAUAUGAGUACAGCAAAAAGGACCUGAUAGGGCAUGGUGCUUUUGCAGUUGUCUUCAAAGGAAGACACAGAAAGAGACCAAAUCAUGUGGUGGCCAUUAAAAGUAUCACCAAGAAGAACUUGGCCAAGUCUCAAAAUUUAUUGAGCAAGGAAAUCAAGAUUUUAAAGGAGCUGUCAGAUCUUCAUCAUGAGAAUGUGGUUGCUCUUCUGGACUGUAAGGAAACAACCAACCAUGUUUACCUGGUGAUGGAGUAUUGCAAUGGAGGAGAUCUGGCUGACUAUUUACAGGCUAAAGGAACACUGAGUGAAGAUACCAUUGCUGCAUUCCUCAGACAGAUUGCUGCUGCGAUGAAAGUGAUGAAUGGGAAGGGUAUUGUCCACAGAGAUCUGAAACCACAGAAUCUCUUGCUCUGCAAUGAUGGCAAGGCUAACACGCCCUCCACUGAAAUGAGGCUCAAGAUUGCUGACUUUGGGUUUGCACGUUUCCUCAAUGAUGGUGUGAUGGCUGCCACUUUGUGUGGAUCCCCCAUGUACAUGGCGCCUGAAGUGAUUAUGUCUCUGCAGUAUGAUGCUAAGGCCGAUCUGUGGAGUAUAGGCACCAUUGUUUUCCAAUGUCUGACUGGCAAGGCACCAUUUCAGGCACAAACUCCACAGCAGCUCAAGCACUUCUAUGAGAAACAUGCUGAACUCAAACCAAAUAUUCCCAAAGAUACUUCACCAGAACUAAGAGAUUUGUUGAUGAAAAUGUUAAAAAGAAAUGCUAAGGAUAGGAUAGAGUUUGAGGAAUUCUUCACACAUCCUUUCCUUAAACCCCCAGGGCAGUCAGCUACUGCUUCUUCCUCACCUGUACCGGUCCCUGGUAGAACUUCACAGGGAUGCUCAUCAGAGAGCCCCACCCCUCCCAGAUGUGUGUCUGCAUCCCCCUUAUCAGGGAAGGCCGACUAUUCCACCCCUCCUUCCAAGGUUGUACAAAUGAUUAAACAGCAGGAGGUAGCAGAAGCUAUGUCAUCAAAUGAAGGAGAGUUCCUCAAAGUCGAUAAGGGACCAACUCCACGCAGUAAUAGUCCCACUGAGCAUGACUUUGUGCUUGUGCCAGAUGGAAUGAGUGAUCACUCAGAUGGCAGUGACAAAGGAGGAAUUCCCUCAACAGAAGAUUUACAGAAACUUGGUGAGCGCACUCCACCUCGGGUUGUGAAAGUAGAGCCCCAGACAGGGUCUGUGGCAUUUAAAAAGGACUCCUCUGGUAUGUCCAGUCCAAGUCGACCAUCAACACUGCCCAUGCAGGCUCAGAACCAGUCAGAGCCUAUUCCAGUACCCACCCAGGUGAAAGCCUUUGAGAGAAUCAGAUCUAGUAACUCCCCCCUCUCCAGCCCUCGCAAGUCUGGAAUGGAAAUCUCCCCUGUAGACUCAGCAAAAAUGUCUAGUCAGAACAUCAAGAUGUCACCCCAGUCAGAAAGAAAACCAUUUUCUGCCCCAGACAUUGGAUCAUUUUCACCUCCAACAGUGAAAUUCUGUGUUGGCACUCCUCCAAGCAUCUCCCAGCCAUGGAGGAGAGGCAGUAUCGGCAGCUCUCAGGGUGGGGCCCAGUUCCAUCCAAGCAAUGUCUCAAACUCACCCAGCCGUAGAGCAAGUAUGGGUAAUUCUCCUAAGGGUUUGACCCCGAACUUUUCAAGCCCUGGGUCAUUGCCCACCAUCUUGGAUUCACCUCAUUUUGAGUUUAACCAUGAGCCUCAGGUCACAGACAAUAUGCCCAUUGACCCAGUCAGGGCGCCGUUUGGACAAAGUAGACCCAAGGCCAUUUCAGAGAGUAAGGGUACAAAGAGGUACAAUCCAGGGGAGGUGGAUAGGGUAAAGAGAAACUUAAUGGAACGAUGCAAUACUGACCCAGGGGCCUCAGGGGGCAGCAGUAUGUUGUCACAGCAGAUGAAAGUCAAUUAUUUAAACCAACAAGGACUAAAUCAGUUGGAAGGACAGGUGAUGAGAUACACAAGCAAUGAGCACCUGGUAUCCCCCAAUGAUAACACCAUCCAGAUGGAGACCCAGAGGUCAGGGUCUUAUCUUAGGAGAACAAUGAGCGCCACAUCACCAGGCAACAACAUGAUUUUUGCUAAGUCACCACCUAACAUGGAGGGACCUGUAGCCUUUGUGGCCCCAGGACUGGCUGAGGAAACUCUAAUGGGAGAUAACCACAAUGAAAUAAUGGCUAAACUGAGUUUUGUCAAUGAUCUGGCUGACUGUGUGAUGGAACUAGCCAUGGCAAAAGGAGCUCCACUUAACACACUGUCAGAUUCUGUCAACUGGAAACAGGGUGAGGGGCCACUACAGGGAGAACAAAUGCCAAAGUUUAUUGAAGCUCAAAGGUUGCUAGAACAGCUGGUUCUGUAUGUCAGAUCUCUACAGCUGUUAUCCUCCUCAUUACAACUGGCCAGGAGGGAAAUUAAGGACGAGAGGCUGCAAAUCUCUAAUGCCCUUAAAACUUUGUUGAAGCAGAUGAAUGAGCGUUACCAUCGUUGUGUGUCUGUCUGUAAACAUAUUCAACAGAGGCUGGGUAUCACGAUGCAGAAUGCCCUUACCCCACAGGUUGUCAUAGCAACUGCUGACAAACUCAUCUAUAACUACGCCAUUGAAAUGUGUCAAACUGCUGCUUUGGAUGAAUUGUUUGGAAAUCCUCAAGAGUGUUUUAAGCGAUACAACACAGCUCACAUUCUUCUCCAUAGUUUGUCUCAGCAAGCAAGAAACAGCAAUGAUAAACAGCUUCUCAAUAAGUACAAAGAAGCAGUGGAGAGAAGGCUUUCACAUAUACACUCACAAGACUUCUACCCGAAGUAUGAAGUCAGCUGAUAGCAGGUGCUUGUAACGUCACAGAGUAGACUAUACAGAAAAGGAGUGUAAUCGAAGAAAUAAAAAAUGACAAGCAGGAUCAUUUUCAUGCUUAUGUAUACAGUUUUGAACGGACAAAAAUGUGACAAAAAAAUUUAUAAACAAUUAAAAAAAAGACAUUAAUAAUGCCACAACUGCCUAUCAACAUAAAGGUAAACUAUAUUUGACAGAAUGGAAACAGCAAUACUCAGGGAUGACAGCUUGGCUCCAGACUCAUUUGAAUAAGGAAGCACUGGGCUGUCUGAAUGCAUUGUAUCAAAAGGAAAACGGAAUGAUAUUAUCUUUACUAAAAGAAAAACUGCAGAGGAAAGGGAUUGUGUAAUAUAUCUCUGAUGUUAUACACCUAGAUUGACAUCCUGUGUAAACUUCUUAAUUGUCAGGGUAACCUCUGCAUUCUGAAGUGUUAUAACUAUAAUGGUGUGGAGAUUUAUACAAACAUGUUUAUAUGGUCCUUGGAAUUGUGACUUUUAGACAUUGAAGACAGACAAAUGGUACUUAUAUAGCAAAUAAGUGUAUAGUAUUAAUUUUUUAAGCUCCACCAAGUUAUAUCACACAAAAAAUUUAAAAUUUGUUUUGCUGUAAGACUUCUGUGAAACUUUAUGACAAGAGAAUGAGUAAGCAUAUCUAAAUGAUGCAUUGUUUUGCUAUUAUUUGCCAAACCUUAUCCCUCCACAUUAAUUUAUUGAAUUGUCUCCCUUGUGUUCAGUGUCUUGCCAGCCUAUUGUUUUGUUUAAAUUUGUAGACUUUUCUUCAUGUUAUGCAUUUUUCUCUCCUUCAUUCCAUGCCUGUAUAAUUAUGCCCUUAAUAUGAAGUAAACUGUAGUUUAUUUAUCCAUUGAAUCAUCAAUAAUGUGCUAAAUUUAAAGCUUUGCUAACUUUAAGUGCUACAAAUGUAAAAAAUCUUACUGCCUUAAUUACUUUUACUCAGCAUUUAGCAAUAAUUUCAUCCUACACCAACAUGCAUCAGUGAAAACAUUUAGCUUUGUUGGAGCCCGUGUACUUACCAUAAUACCUUAUCUGCUGUCUGAAGCAUUGUACAUAAUUCAUCCUGAAGACUUGGAAAAGCUGUCAAGUUGUGAUAACUCUUGUACCACUGUUUUGUUUUGUAGAUGAUCAGCUUGGAUCUACAUGUGUAUUGUGUAGGUUACAGCAGGUAUAUUUGUUUUUUGUGUAGAUUACAGCAUAUUUGCUUACACAUUUUGUAAAUACUUGUGGCUUAUCCUGUUUCUCCCAGUGUUGUCUGUAUUCAAGGAUACAACAAGCUUUUUAAGGAUUCUUUGUUUAUUUGUAGAUAUGUAAUUAUCAUUGCUAGUCAUACAAUGACAUAUGUUAAAAAGUUGUAUGGCUAAUUGAAAGCAUGAAACAAAAUAAUCAUUAUGAGUAAAAGGAACAAAGAAUUUUUAAGAUGCUUUGUUUGCCAUAAGGAAUUAGAUGAUUUUGUUGAAGUAACUUGAUUAUAGUUUACGUAUUGGUCUUUCAGUAUUUUGUUAUUUGUGAUUUUAUUGUUUUGCCGUAUGAAUGCUUAUUUAUACAAAAAAAUUUGAUAUAUGGGUAUUGUAUACAACUUGUCAGAGUUUGACCAGUUGGUAAAUUAACACGAGCUAUGGGAUGAUAUGAGGGAUAUUACAGAAAUUUUAUGUUGUUUUAUAGUUUUAGAUUGUCUUUCAUGUUUUAGUAGUGGCUUUGUCUAUUUGAAUUAUUUUAUUCUUUGCCCAUGCAAAAAUUCCAGAUUGUUUUAAACUUUCAUUGUAUGCAAUGAAAUAUUUAAAUUAGAACUCUUAGGAAAUGUUCACCAAAUCCAACAAUAUUGUGAUAUACAGAUUACAGUGAGUAGAUCACUGUGAUGGAUGACCAUGGAUUGUGAUAUACAGAUAUAAGAUCACUUUAUAUAACGACCAGUCCAGGAUUAAUUUGUAAUCGGGAAGGAGAAGAAGUGCCAAGCUCCUGCAGAGUAGAUUCUAUUUCUCUAGUCUUUCAUUGGCUUGAGAACCACUUGUGUUCCACUGUGUAGUACAUGUACCUUUGUAUUACCUCAUUCUUAGGACUGAGAUUUGUACAUUGUAUGAAUGAAAUAAAUGAUUUUAAAAAGUCCAA